AAACUUUCUAGUUUCGCUGCUCUCAUAAUAAUCGUGAACCAUUUUCCGAGGUUAGCUCUCCGUCUAUUGUAUCUCUCUUGAUUAACGUUUAUUUUGAGUAUGGUUGUUUGCUUCAAUGACAUUUUCCGAGAUAUAAGUAGUGUAGUGAAUAUGGCUGUGCCGGAGUUCUUUAAUCUUUUAGUAUUAUUUAUCGCAACAUGUAACAGCGCGAUGGAAGGUUUUAUCGAAGGUGGCGCUUACGCGAAAAUAGAGAGUUUUCCACAUUCUGUGUAUUUGUACAUGAUAUGUGAGGAGCAUCAAGUGUGCGGCGGGUCCAUUUUGACGCAGAAUAUCAUUUUGACAGCUGGACAUUGUUUUGAGCAUUGUUUUGUGAGACAAAAAGAGAUAUCCGCGUAUGCAGGAAGCGAGAAUACCAAUGAGAUGUUAGUAGCCGAAAGUAUCAUCAACUUUCGCAUUCACAAAGAUUACGAUACGAGAGCGCUUUUUAACGACAUAGCCGUAGGCUUCUUGAAAUCAGAGUUGCCACUGGGAGAUACCAUGAAACGAGUUAUCAUAGCCAAGAGCUUUCCUGGUGUUAGGAUGGCUAAAACUGCGGGAUGGGGAGCAAUCGAUGAUAAUACGUUGGAACAAGCACAAAAAUUGAAGAUGGUGGUCCAAAUUGUACAAUCAUAUACUACUUGUACUGAAGUAACCAGACUUAGGGCCGGAAUGAUGUGCGCUAAGAACAGCGAAAUGAAUCACCCAUCACAUGGCGACUCCGGCAGCGCUCUAAUGGCGAGGAACGGUCAACAGAUCGGGCUGGUCUCAUUUAGGACGCCGAGUAGAAGGGAAGUCGUGAUCUACACAAACGUGUCCUACUACUUUGACUGGAUUGAAGAGCAAACACGAAACCUUUAUUGUUCGGAUUAAGGAUAACAGUUUUCUAAACAUGGUGGCCAAAAAGGACAAAGAUUACAUUUUAGUCUAUA